GUCACGUGCAAAGUAGUACCGAUUGCCCAUCGGCGGGAAGUUCAGUCGUCUGCGUACCGGUGACAAAGAAGCAAACCAUCUCCGUGUGUAGUAUCACUCAUCUAAUUUAUCAACAUGCCAGGUGAAAAGGAAACCGUAGCUGAGACUGUAGAAACCCCAGAGGUUGCAGAGAAGAAAGACGAAGAGGCAACAAAAGAGCCAGAAACCACAACAGAAUCUACGGAGAAAAAAGAGGCUGAGAAUGGAGAUGAAGCAGCAGACAAAGAAGAAUCUGCAGAUUCAACAGAAAACACCAAUGAGAAUGCCAAUACAGAAGAGUCUGAAACAAAAGAGGCAGAUGAGAACACAGCAGAGAAGAGGUCUACUGAAGAGGAAUCGGAAGACGCAAGUCCGACCAAGAAAGUCAAAGUUGAUGAAACAACAAAAAUUGAAUCAAAUGACAAUCAGGCACAGCAAGUGGAAGCUGCAUCAGCAUAAAAAUGUGCAAAUCAUUAGUAACAUUCAUUCAUUGUAUAGACCACUACAUCAUGUCAUGUGACAAAUCUAUUGUAGCAUAGUGAACUCAAUCAUACAAUACACUAUGCUUAUUUAAAUUAAGAAUCAGGAGGAGAAAUUGUUUCAGGUGAUUAUUGUUGGUGUUUAUAUUGUAAUAAAUAUCGUCUCUUAUUUUCAUUAC